AAGAAACUGGGCGGGCGGGGCCGCGACUAGAGCGCGAGCGAGUCUGCCCCGCCCGGAGCCGGCGGCGCGAGCAGAAAUGAGCGGCAUGGACUCCUAUAAAGUGAUGCUAGAUGGGCCAGCGCCCUGGGGAUUCAGGCUGCAGGGGGGCAAGGACUUCAACAUGCCCCUCUCCAUCUCCAGGCUGACCGCUGGUGGCAAGGCAGCCCAGGCUGGCGUGGGAGUGGGCGACUGGGUGCUGAGCAUCGAUGGGGAGAACACCAGUAGCAUGACUCACAUCGAAGCGCAGAACAAGAUCCGUGCCUGCGGAGACCAUCUUUCCCUCAGCCUGAGCAGAGUCCAGUGCCUCCUGGGGAAGUCACACAAGGAUUCAUUCCCCUGCUCUCAGCCCCCGAAAUAUAACUUCGUUCCUAGCACCACCCUCAACAAAACAGCCCGGCCCUUCGGGGCCAGCCCUGCGCCCAACUCGCUGCCUGGGCUGGUGACGAAACCUGUGACGUACACGGCCCCUGCCUGCACCCCCCAGCACAAUGGGUGCAGAACCUUGACAAGUCAGGUCGGUGCUGGCCCCAGCCCGCCAGAGGGGAAACCUCAGCCCCGUGGAGACCUGGGCCGCUCCUACGUGGAGGAUGAGCACGCUCUGCGGCUAAUGAGCCCCCCAGCCGGCCUGCCCAAUGACUCCAGCAAAAAGCGGCUGAUUGAGGAUACGGAGGACUGGCAGCCUCGCACGGGCACAACCCAGUCCCGCUCCUUCCGCAUCCUGGCCCAGCUCACGGGCACAGAGUUCAUGCAAGAUCCAGAUGAGGAGCAUGUUAGAAAAGCCAGAGAAAAGUUUGUCACUGAGCUUCAGAGCCCCCGCUACACUGGCCUGCGUGACUGGCACCACCAGCGCUCCGCCGUCUCUCUGAACGUGAAAUCCUGAGCAGCUCCUGGCCUUGUGCUGGGAGCCUGCACCUCUCGGCCCCGGGCUGGCGUGGCCACAUCACAUGCCUUCGCCUGGGGAGGGGCAUCCACCUGGCUCCUAAACGUACCCAGCUGGGAGCUCCUUGUGCUGUGCAGUCUGCUCUGCCUGGGCUGGGGAGGGGCUGGCCCUGGGCAGGACGCGUUGUAUGGCACUGAGCAGGCUGGGAUGGAGGCUGUCAGCACCAGGGCCCUGGCCUCAGACCCCAGGGGAGCGGAGGGACUCCACUGCUGCGUGUCCUUGCCCUGUCACACUAGGCUUCCCCUGGAGCCCCAGCCCCCUGGGGUGGCUGCACUGCCCUUGCUCUGCCCAGGGUAGAACUUGGGCAAGUGGGAGCUGGGACUGCUGCCUGGAGCGUCCUCUGGGCCUGUGUUCCCAGCUGUGUCCUGUUCCCAUGAGCUGCCCAGGCUGAGUGGGCUGCUGUUCCCAGAUGCCCUCUGCGUGUGUUUGUAGUGUGAGGGCCCGGCUAGCAACCGCACCUCCUCGGGGCUGUCUCCUCGCUUACCCAGACUGGACGGGUGGGUGUUGACUCAACAUCCAUCUGCCUGGCCCAGCAGAGGACCUGGCGGGUGGCCAAGGGCUCUGGGAGCGAGCCCAGGCUGCUGGGUUCUGUGCUGUGGUGCGGGCCCCUCUGAGCCUGUUGCCUUGCCGUGAUGGGCUCGCAGUGCACCCCAAAGGGCUGAUGUGAUGUGACCUGUGCUCUCGGUGGGCCGAGUGUUGGAGUGGGCUGGGGCUGGGCCCUGGGUCUGCCCAGCACAGCUGCUCGCUGGACCCUGCUAUAGCACAAUAAAGAUUCCUGUUCUUGUAACUGGCUCCUAGUCGUCAUUGCUGCCAGGAGGGACUGGCCAGGGCACCCGUUGCCAGCUCUGCGGGGGUGGCCUGGUGCGCCCUGGGCUGAGCUGCAGCAGCUGGGGGGAACCUCUCUGCUCUGCUGGCUGCAGAGCCUGGCAGCCUUUCCCCUGGGGCUGGCCCCUGACCUGCAGCAAACCCAGCUCCAGUGCACCCUGGGGCGGGUGCUGUCCAUUAACUCCUCUGGGCUGCUGGCACAGGUCCCCCAAGGGUGGGCAUUGCUGCAGGCUGGGGAACAGGGCUUCUGGCCUUUCCACUCCUGGUGUCAGGCACAGCUCCAGCAGCCAGUGCUGCCUCGGGCCUCAGGGAGGGGCUGUACCCAGCUGUCCCUGGGCCUGGGAUUGGCCACUGAGCUGGCUGGAGAGGCCCUCCAGUGAGAGGUGAGGAAGAGGUGGCAUCGAGUCCCCCCCAACCCCACCCUGUCACUUUCCCCAGGCCUAAGCUGAGAGCUGCAAGGCCCAACUGUCAGCUGGGUGUAAGCUCUCCGGCCCCCCUGCACCCUGGAAGGGCCUGUGCAUUCUGCUCCUCCCUUGCCAGAGGCGGGCAUGGGAUCUGUGGCUGCUGGUGCCUCCUAUCUCCCCGCAGGGCUGCAGCCAGGCGUGCUGCAGGCAACAUGUCUGGGGGGGGCAUUAUGUUAGCUGGGUGCCUGGGGUUGGGGGCUGUCAGGCCCCUCAUAGGACACCUUCCCCGUGGGCAGGGGAUGUUGGGUUUGCCAAGAGGGAGGAAGAAACUAGAGUCCAAGAAAAACUGCCUGGUGGGGGGCUGGACCUGCCUGUUGGGCUGCUGCCAACCUUGGGCACCUUCUCCAGACCCAUGGGAGCAGCAGGGCCUGUGCGGAGGUGGGACUGGGCUGUGGUUACCUCAGGGUGAGUGUGAGACUCCCCUAGACGUGUGUUUGGAGGGAGGGGGGGUGAUCCCCAGCGUGAGCUGCCAGGCUGCUCUUCCCACAACCAUGGGGACUCAGCCUGGCUGCUCAGGGAACCAGCCAUUCGGGGGUCGGUUCUGCAGGCUCCUCACCUUGCCUGCAGCCCGUUGGGCCUGGUGCCCCCAGCUUCGCGAUACUGGGUCACUGACGAGCCAAACCAGCCACCAGGGGGUGCUGCCGCACAGCAGGAUGGGGGUGGCUGCCUGGCCUGAGCAGCGGGUGCUCUGCCCCUGCUGGGAUAGGAGAGCGCCAGGCCCUGUGGGCAGGGGGUGGGUGGUGGCCUGCUGGCAC